AUGAUCUCUAUGUUAGAAGUAAAUGAAAUAAACUCUAAAGCUUAGUUUCAUGAUGAACAACUAUGUACUGAAGAAACAUAAUCUAAUUAAAAAAAAUCAAUAUCCUCUAAAAAAACCUUUGGAUUAUAAUUACCAAUUACAAAAUAAAAGGUUUAAGAGAGAAAAUUGAAGAAUUUUCCAAAAUUAAUCGGAAAUAAUGUAUGCAAAUAUGCUGCUAAUAAUUUCUCAAAACCUCCAAAAGGAAUUUAAGAAAUGAUUAAAAAAAAGAAUAAACCUUAAUAAAUAGGGUUUAAAAUAGCAGAUUUGAGACAAGCUUGUCUUUCAGAUCGAGAAUCUUAGAAUUUAUUUUAAAAUUAUUUGAAAAAAUAAUUAUUAUUAGAUUUGAUUUAUAGUCCUAAAAUUAAUGAUCCAUUGGCCUACAUUAAAGGGAUAAGUAAUUAUUAUGCAGCUAGUUUUGUACCAGAGAAAAUGGUUGGAAGCUACAUCACUUAGUGA